AUGGACAACAGCAUCAACCACAAUAGGAAACGACCCCGAUAUGACUCGGACGACCCAGAAACAAAGCAUAUCCAACCCGAGUCCAAACUCGUUCGAGUCGACUCGAGUCACUCAGUUGCCUGCUCGCCCGAGUCGGGUUCCACCCUGUUCGACUCGACCAACUCGGAGGUGAACUCGGACGAGUCGUUCACUCCGCAGCCUGUCCGGGUCGACUCGGACGAGUUGGUUAUAGAGUCGGAGGAGGUUAAGCUGAUCCAAGACGACCUCCUCAACAUCCUGGACGACUCGGACACCGUUACCGACCGUGACCCGGCGAUCCAGGACCUUGACUCGGUGAUUAAAAGCUUCGAGGAAGAGAUACAGGUUGCGGCAUUUCCCGUGUCCGAAACGACGUCGUCUCCAGGCGGGUCGUCGCAGCCGGAACUAGGUUACCUUCUAGAGGCUUCUGACGACGAACUCGGCCUCCCUCCGACCAAUGGAGGAAGCGAGGACGGAAAGUUGGAGGCCGCUGAUUUUACGUCGAGUGGUUCGGAGGCGGUUGGAUUGGACGGGAUGCUAGGGUUUGAGAACGACAUCAUUCCGAAUUACGACUCGUUUGAGUUGGGAAUUGGUGGCGACUGUAACUUGAACAACAAUUAUAAUGGCGGGGCGGAGUACGUGGCAUUAGGUGGGUUGUUUGAUUACUCGGAUGGCGGCGUUUCGGAUGUUUCGUGGCGAACCGAAUCGCUCUCUGCUCUGUAG